AUGGCGAGCACAGCCCUCCCAGACCCCAUGUCUCGCCGUCCCGCGACGUCGCUCUACAUCGGCAAAACUUCACCCAGAAUCCAGCACGCGAUCCUCUCCCUGUCCGACACCGAAUCCCUCCUAGCCCGUCUAGACCUCCCCACCACUCUAGCCGACUCCGAACCUUCCCUGGACCUACUCUCUCAAAUCUUGAUGGCUUGGCAUACGCAUAUCCCUUAUGACUCGAGUAGCUUGCAUGUCAAGAGGGAGGAUUGGGACAGCGCGAUGGAGGAGAGUCGACCGAUCGUAUUGGGGACCGGGGACGGGAUGGAGUUGGGCGUGGGCAACUUUGAGAGGAUUUCCAAGAGGUAUACGGGUGUGUUAGAGAGAUGCUGGGGUUUUGGAAGGUUACCUAGGGAUGGGAAGGCGUGGCUGACGUGAAGGCCCGGCCCCGCUUCUCCUCGAUCGGGAAUCUAUUUUCGUCUCGUGUGCGAUCGCUCGCGGUACAGGGGGCUAUUGCUAUGCCCAAAACACACUUUGUGCCGCUUUCCUACGAGGUGCGUUCAUCUCAGGUACUCGCAUCCGACAACUUGCGACGACUGAAGAACGUCACGUGACCCGUCCCCCCUCAGGUUUCGGCUACCGAGUGACCGAAGUCGGUGCCCGCGUCUACCUUUUCCGAGGCAAGGACCCCGUCGUCGAAGGCUACAACUGGUCCUGCAUCACCCACGAACUGCUCAUCGUCGACUGGGCCGGUUCCGACUCGAAGCGCUACGUCCUCGACGCCGGAUUCGGCGGCGGGGGAUGUCCUUACCCCAUCGUCCUCGAAGACGGAGCGACGUCACGUUCUUUAACCCGCAACGAAUCCUUCCUCUUGCGCAAACAAGCCAUGGGCAUCAACUCUUUCGAAGAGAUUCAUGACCCACCGUCCGGCUGGACGUUGUACCGUCGUGUCCUUCCCCGUGGAAGCAUCGUCGAGGAUGUGACGAAUUUGGAUCCGAGUCCAGGGUAUUGGUCCCCUUGUGUUCAUUUUACGCUCGAGUCGAUCUUGCCGAGUGAUGUCAUCAUGGCCGAGUAUUAUAACUCGCAUGCUCCGGCGGCACCGUUCAUGGUCUUUUUCGUAAGUCUACUCACUUGCGUUUGAUCGAACGUUCACUGAAGAUCCCCUCGCGGGUAGGUCGUCUCCAUACUACUUCCCACCGGUGCUCGCAAAACCCUCUCCUACGGCGCACCCCCGAUCGAUCUCAAAGACGGCGACGACAACCUGAUUAAAGCCAAACUGUACACCAAGGAUGGGGUUAAGGGGGAGGAGGAGAACGUGGAGUUUAUUCCGUUCGAAACGGGACCGAUUCGGAAGGUGUUGGAGAGGGAGUUUGGGUUUAGGUUCUGA